UAGCGAGAAAUAUGAGUGCUCGAGUAAGAUCAAAAUCUAGAGGAAAGGGAGAUGGAAAAACAUCUUCUAAGCUGGAUGAACCUGGAGUUGCUAAGCAACCAGGUAAAAAAAAAAAAACACCUCAAAAAAAGGAACCACCUACUGAGGAUCCAGAUAUUGAGCCUGGACAAGAGAGAGAAGAAGGAGCAUGUGGGGUUCAGGAACCUGAAUUGGAAGCUGAAAGCCAGGAAAAGGAAAAGGGUCUGGAAAAGACUGGGGGUGAGCGUGGAGAUGGCCCUGAUGUGAAAGGGAAGACUACACCUGAUCUAGCAUUUGCUGAAGUUCAAGAAGCCGGUGAUGGACAGUCAUAAGUGAAAAAGAAGAGAAGC